CUGUGGAUGAUCUCUUACUAUGAAAGUUGCUGUAAUGUUUGAUUACUGUUUUUUUUUUGUUCUUUGAAUAAAAUAAAGUUCAGUCAAUCGCGUCAAUAAGUCCUGAGCUGCCAUCUAGUGGUCGCAUACCUAAAAUACAGGCUUAUUAGUCGUUGAAAUACUGUUGUACGUGAAAAGGUGGCAAAUGUAAUACGUUUUCCGUAUACCUUUUAAAGUUUAAACUGCUUGGUGCUUGUCUUUUAAAAGGACACGCCGUACCGUAUCAAAUUAUAUGAAUUAACUAAAUGACCUAAUCCACGGCUUUUGAUUUGUUAUACAUUUUCAAUGCCGUAAUGCCAUGUAUGCGUUUGUGUGGGUAAUUUAAUUUCCAUGUUUUAGUUUGUCCUUUUCCACAUGGGCUGCCAUAUCCGGGUACUUUGAUGUAUGCGGAAGUACUAACCCUAACACGCAAAGUCCGUGGUCCUCGGUCCGCCCAAAGAUGACGUUUAACGAACCCACGAGAAAACAAUUUGACAGACAGCUUAUGAGUUGAAUAAGCAGAGAUCGAAUCAGUGUGGUGGUACUUUCAACGCGUCCGAAGCUGUGCAGAGUUUUAAUGUUGCUCUUGGACUUGUUUUGUUUGCUGAUUGUGCUUCGUGUUUUUAAUACCAGUUUGGCUCAUGGCGGCGAUGGAAUGUCGCGUUUUGUCCAUUCAGAGUCAUGUUGUCCGGGGAUAUGUUGGAAAUAAGUCUGCAACAUUCCCGCUGCAGGCGAGAUGAGUUCAAAGUGGCUAAACAGCGUCGGUAGUUUGAACACUUGCUCUGCAUGUGGACAGUUGCCUUUGUCACGAAAGAAGUCUACGGUUCUGGGCUUUGAAGUGGACUCCAUCAACUCUGUGCAGUUCUCCAAUCACACAGGCUACGCCCACUGGAAGGGUCAAGUCCUAAAAGCUGAUGAGCUCAAUGUGCUGUAUGAGGGCAUCAAGCUCAAUAAGGUCAACCACUAUGACUAUAUCCUCACAGGGUACAGCAGGGACACGUCCUUCCUGAUGACCGUGGUUGAAAUUGUUCAAGAGCUUAAGAAAGCCAAUCCUAGUUUGGUAUAUGUUUGUGACCCUGUAAUGGGAGACCAUGGCGCAAUGUACGUCCCCGAGGAACUUCUCCCAGUCUACCGGAACAAAGUAGUGCCUUUGGCUGACAUCCUUACCCCUAACCAGUUUGAAGCAGAGUUAUUAACUGGGAUUAAGAUCCAUACAAUAGAAGAUGCUCUUAAGGCGAUGGAGCUGCUUCACAAAAUGGGUCCAAAAACAGUGGUGCUCACUAGUACUAACUUGCCUUCAAAUCAUGGAGACCUCCACCUGGUGGCCCUCGGGAGCCAAAAAAUCGUAAAACCAGAUGGGACGGUUAGCAUUCAGAAGAUCUGCAUGGACAUCCCCAAAGUUGAUGCUGUGUUUGUGGGGACGGGGGAUCUGUUUGCUGCCCUGUUGCUUGCCUGGACUCACCAUCACCCUGAAGACCUCAAGACUGCCUGUGAAAAGACUGUUUCAGUCAUGCACCAUGUAAUUAAGCGGACUAUUAAUUAUGCUAAUGAAAAAGCCGGCCCAGGGAAGAGGCCCAGCCCUGCGCAGCUGGAGCUGAGAAUGGUUCAGAGCAAAGGCGACAUUGAGAAACCGGCCAUCGUUGUGGAAGCGAACAUUUUGAAAACCUCUUAAUAUCUAAGAAUCUUGAAGAUGAUCAGUUGUGAAGGAUCAUAACUCAUGUUCUAGAUGGAGAUACUCCGGAAUCACUGCCAUACUUGUCUCUCCUAUGGCUUUUGUAAAUAUCAUCUUCCUUUGCAUAGAUUGGAAAAAAAACAACAGAGAUAUUAGCCAAUAGGGCUUAUUUUUAGACUCCGUUUACUUAACUACUAAAUGUACUUUAUUACUCCUUUUAGAUAUACUCUAACUCAUAAACAGAUGCACGCUUGCACGUGCCUCUGCUGUCAGAACUUGAUUCAUCACUGAAGGUGUGUUCACUCUACAUUUAACCUUAAAAACUUGAAAAAAAAUAAUAGUUUCUAAGAGAUCCAGUAUUAUGCCUAAGAAGGUGUCACUUCAUGCUGAAAUAUUUAAUGGUUACAUCGUUAAUGUUUUGGCUUUUGGAGUCAUCUUUGUAACAAAUACAAUAUAUAGUAAAAUCAUAAAGGUACGUAGGAUAAAUGUGACAGGUAUGUUCAUGGUCCGUAUACUUUUUUGGUACAUUUUAUUUCAUAGCUUUUUGUUUUAUAAUUGCUGCUAAUCUUGAUUGUUUGAUGUCCUAAAAUCCAUCCCUUUCAAUCCAUACUUUUAACCUUUAAUCGUGAUGUUUCCCUGAAUUAGUACUGUAUUAGAUCCUCGUCUUAAAACUUCUCCAAUUGAAGGAUUUGCACAGGUGAUUUUUAAGAUAGAAUAUUUACUCUACUGUUGAUUGCCAUUUUAUUAUUACCAUAUCUCAACAUGAAUCAAUAGCCUUAAAGCAGUUAGGAAGCUAAACAGGUUUUGAAUGUUUAGUGUAUGUGUACAACUGUAUAAGUUGCGCCUCACAAAUAAUAUUUCAAGGCCAAAACAUUGAGCUGCUCUGACAUGAAGUAAAUUGAAAGAUAGAUGUAAUAAAAACAAUUUAAUGACUUUA